AUGGGUGAUCUUGUACGUGAUGCGUUACGUGCCACGGGUAUCGAUGAGGAAGUGGAACAACUAAUUGCGAAUGCCAUAGUUCAAAGUUUGAGUGAGAAUCGUUCAAAAAAUGCAAUUAGUCAACCAUCAACGGAACGGAAACUAAGGGACAAAGCCAAUCGGCCAAACUUAGCCAGAGUUCGAGUCAUAGCCGAACAUUUGUGGAGGCGCUUGGAACAGAUCUAUGACGUCAAAUUACAAACUUGGAAACGGAAUGAGGAAAAAGUAAUGGAAGAAAUGAUAAUGAGGCUUCGACAUGAAUACAGAGAAAGUCUUUUAUUAAAGCAAAAACAAUUGGAUGAAUUGGCAGGGCGUAAAGAUAUUGAAUAUAAGAAUAAAGAAGAUUUCCUACGGGAGGAUAUUCGAGUGACUUUUGAGAAAGAGUUACGAUUUCAAAGGGAGUUAUUGGAGAAUGCUCGAGCGAAUUUUCAAUCGAAGAAAGACAACGAACUGUGUCUUAUAGAAAAAGAAAGAUGUUCACUGGAGCAAAUUAAGGAUGGUCUAAAGAUUCAUGAAAAGAAUCUUGAUCAAAGGCUGCAGGAAGCGAUUAGAAAAGCACGCGAAAAGGAUAGGACUCGAAUAAUGCAAAUGAUUUCUGAAUGGAAUAAAAAAGAAGCGAUAUUGUCGAAGAAAUAUGAACUAGUUUGGGAUAAAAUAUGUGAAAUUUCCAAUGGACAAGAAUUUUCUGCCAAGGAAGCAGCAUGCUUUAAAAAAUUGCAAGAAAAAGUAAUCCAACAACAGAGGAAACUCACAGAAACUAACGAAGCUUUACAUGAUGCUUUAAAUAUGCAACAAAAGACUAAUGAAGAUUUGGAAAAUGUUAAAAAAGAGAAGGAGAAGUUAUCUGAAACGAAUCGAAAAUUGAUGGAAAAAUUAGAAAGACGAAAUGCAACAAUUAACAGUUUAAAAAAACAAUUAAAGUUACUGGAAGAAUCGGCUGCCUUACGUAUCAGUGAACUGAAGUUUCAACAUAAGUUAGCUGUAGACAAACUACAAGCGCUCAGUAAACAACUGGAUAAGUACCGCUUUAGUACAUUCAAGAAAUUUGAUCGACCCAGUUCUCAUCCUUCUACACCAGUAUCAGCAAGGAUGACAAUGAUCGAUUCUAUGUCUUCAUCAACUCCUACGGAGUCAUCAUUUGAGCAGCACUUCCGUGAUAGAAUGAAAGUUUUGGAUUGUACGAAGCAGGAGCUGGACUUUGCACUGAAUAAACUGCGUAUAAGAAGCCAAUCUCACCCUUUGGAUCACAUUCAGUCUAUUUCUUUAUCACAUGCUGAAACCAAUGAGCUUGAAAAGCCACAGUCCAGGAAUUCAUCAAAUCAUGAGUUACUUCAAAGGGAUCCUUCAGUUAUCAAGACUAAUUCUGCUGAUGAAAAAAUGGAAAUGGAACAACAUUUCGUGGUGCAUUCAAGUCCGGAAAAUAUUGAGAAUACGGAAGGUGUGACAAGUAAUUCACCGGGAAAGCAUACAGUUGAUCCGCUCAUGGUUCGGUAUAUGAAAAUAAUUCAAAGUCAAAGGGAAAAAGUGGAGCCGCUUCUUCAACAAACAUCAAAGGAAGAUACUCAACUAUCGGAAGAGUUGUUUGUUAUUGAAACAGGUGAAAGACUCAAUACAUCCAGUACACCAAGUGAUUUCGGAUGGUAA